GGCGCGGUGUGCGGAACUUUGGAGACGAGCGCCUGUACCAGGCUGUGCUCAAGGACUACUCCUCUCAGCUCCUUGCGUCGGUGCAUCGCAUCGAGUCCUUCCAGAAAUCUGAGGACAAAGCAGCGCUGACAGAGGAAGUGGAACUACUCUUGAGCUCCGCUGCGUACCUGGGAGCGGAUCGCCUGAGCCUCGCUGCGCGGGCGCUUUUGCAAACGCUCAGCUCCCGGCAAGGCAACGAGGCAGCGUUGUGCGCGACGCUGUGCGAGCAGGCAUGA